CGCGCGGGCUCCGCCCCCCGGGUAGGGACCUACAGCGGGCGCGGCGCUGGAGGUCUGCGGCCGGCGGUGUAGACGCCCCUUUGCCGGGACCUGGCACCCGAAUCCGGCCUGCUGGGCCUCUUUGUGCAGCGCCUUGCUGACGCCCAGGGUUCUGAUGUAGAAGCCUACACCAGGGCCUGAGGUUGUGAAACUCAUGGCACUCCACGCCUGAGAAGAGAAGGCCUGAAAGAGAAGGAAGAGCCCGUGGGACUUGCCACAUUUUUUACUUGUAUCUGCAACUCCAAGGCUCCAGGCAGGAAGUAAGAACAGUGCUGAAGUGGCAGCAGAUACUGUCUAUGGCUUCAUUUCACAGCUUCACACAGCAGGGUAGCAGAAAACAAAGAAUGUAAGACUGGACACACUUGCUGUUCACCAACUCUGAUCUUCAAAAAGCCAUGUAACUUCAACAGAAGUGUUAUCAGGGAAGAAGCAGAUAAUUGAAGGCUGGCUUUGAGAAGUUUCGAGUGUUACCUGGAAUGUCAGAGAGCUGAAAGCAGUCAUAUUUUGGGAUCAUGCACCUACUGUGACAGUAUAUAAAAAAAGAUAAUUAAGUAUGCACCCAAGAAGUAGCUGCUCCCCUACCCAUCACAAACUGUAUAGAAGGAUAUCUCCUAAGGAUUUUAUCAUGUGAAAACUUUCUGAAUUUUAGUUGGCUCUUUUUAGAAAUGCAGAUAAGAUGAAGGAUAUUGGACAGCAGCUAUACACUACACACUUGAAGGGUGGACAUAAUUCCUUGACCAUGUCACCCAAACAGCCUGAUGCUAAUGGAGCACCUCGCCCAGAUAGACAAGAAGCACAAACCCUUUUGUAUCAAGGCUCAGAGGCAGAGGCUGCCAUGAUGACCAUUGCUACAUGUGCAAAGUGCAAAAGUGUUCACAAGAUCUCUCUUCAAGAUUUGCAGAAGGGUACAGGGAAGGACAGUAUAUAUGUCUGCCUCCAGUGCAGCCUCGGUGCAGCUCCUCCCAAUUUUCAUUUUGUGAGCAAUAAUCCCAGUGCUACUCAUGUUGGAAAUAAAACUGAAAACUUCUCAAGUCCUGUCAGUAACAAAUUUAAGGUAAGGAACUUUAAGCCAGGCAAAUACUAUUGUGAUAAAUGUCGAUUUUCCACAAAGGACCCGCUGCAGUACAAAAAGCACACCCUUCAACACGAGGAGAUUAAGUUCAUUUGUUCUCACUGCAGCUACAUUUCGUAUACGAAAGGAGAGUUUCAGAGGCAUUUGGUGAAACACACAGGCAUAUUUCCUUAUCAGUGUGAGUAUUGUGACUAUGGUGCUAUUAGAAAUGAUUAUAUUGUCAAACACACAAAGAGAGUACAUGAAAGGGCAGGUGCAAAACGGCCAGUCAAAGCUGUUGCCAAGCUGGAGCCAAAAAGAACCGGAACUUCAAAACAAAACCCAGAGCUUCUAAAAGCUUCCAGUCCACGGACUGCAUUUCAAAAUAAGUGGUCAGAUCAACUGUCAGGUUUCUCUCUCCAUGCAAAUAAAGACAAAAUGCACAAUAUCAUGUUGUUACCUGAACCAAAGGAAUACCAAAAAGAUGUAGUUUGUAUUCCAAAUAAAAUGACCCUGUCUGAGCCAAAUGAAGUCAACCUAUUUGAGAACAAAAAUGUUGAAGUAGAAGUGUUAUCCCCUGCGAAAGAACCUGUUCAGCCAGGUAUGCCAUUGACAGUUGUUGCACCAGCAGAACUAGUUGUUCCUGCAAACUGUUUAGCCCAGUUGAUAGACGUGAAGGUUGUCAAUGGUACACAGCAGCUUGUUCUGAAACUGUUUCCGCUGGAAGAAAAUAAUUGCUUUGAAGCUGGGAGGGGUAAUGGAGGUAAUUCUGAACGUAUGGUGAACGAGAAGGGUUCAAAUGAACAAAAAAUACUUUCUGCAGAAAAAACAAAGUCACUGACAGUUGAUGGGAAUGUUGGAAAACUCGUAGGCAUUGAUAGUUUUCAACCUUCAGUUCAGAAACAGCUUAAAAAUGUGAAAUGGGUAAGGUCUUAUGACUUUAUUAUGCCAAGUUCUAGUGUGCACAACAAUGGAAAAUCCUUCAUUAAUUCGGAAACAAUUGAGGAUUUUCAGAAAAAUAAUUUGUAUCCACAUAGAACUGCUUUUCCUUCCGUUGCCUUAAAAGGUCAUUCUCUAGCAUCUGUAUUUAAAAACAGUGUUUUACGCAGUCUUGGAGCUGCAUCAAACCCUUUUCCAUAUAAAGCUGCUGUUUGUUUUCCUGAAAAUGGAAGAAAUUUACACAGUAACUCACAGCAGUUACUCCCUUUUGCUGCAUCACCUGCAACCUUUUCCUUCUCUGGAGAAAAGGGCUUAUUGCCUAUAAGUGAAAAUGACUUGGAAUCUACAAGUAAAAUCAGUAUUCCUGUAAACAUGGUUUCCUCUAAUAGGAAGCAGGAAGAUAACCAGACAGAGGAACACAAGGCAGUUUCAACUGUAGGCCAGAUUUCCUCUCAACAUAAGAGUGAGUAUUUACAUACAAACGUAACUGGAGAAGAUAGAUCUCAACAGCCUGGGGAUAAGCCUUUGGAAUUAAAGAAUUCUGAAAGGACUAACAACACUAAUGAUGGCCCAGUCAUCUCAUCAGUAUUUUCUCUGAGCUCUGGAUCUGAAAAUGUCCCUGAGGGCAUUAAGUGGAAUAGCUCAACAUCUAAAAUAAAGUCAAUUGAACUGUUGCGCAGAAAAAUAGCUCAGUUAAUUGAGUCCUGUGGCAAGCCUUCUUCUUUGGCUUCAAAUAGUGCACAUCGUCGCUCUGUAGGGCAGGCAUCAAAGGGAAUUUCAAAAGCUACCUCUGAAGGUAUUCAAGAAAUCAACUUGUCAGUCACUGGCCCCGGCCAUCCCACAGGUACUCUUCAGAAACCUCCGAAUGAUGGUGGUGUUGCUGGUAAUGGACAGCUUACUCAUCAACAAAUAUAUCCACACUUUGCAGAUGGCAUUAAUAGGAAAACCAAAAGCAGAGUGGCCAGGAAGGCUCAUGUUGCCACACCAGUGUUAAUCCCCAAAGGGGCUGUGUUGAGGGUUCUUAAUUCCUCUGAGGAUGCCCACAUCAUAGAGGCUACAUGUGAAGCACCUGUCAGCAUACCUUGCAGUGAAACACAGUUAAUAAAACCAGUUCCAUUUUGCCCUGUGAGACAGGCAGACUCAGACUUACAGCCUUUAAGAAGUGAAAGGGGGCCAAUAGAUAUGUCCAAAAAUAUCGAGACACCUCUGCGCCCUAAACUGAGAAAAGAGAGUGCAGUCUGUAGCACCAUCCAUAAAAAAACUGGCCUUUUGCAUGGACAGCAAGGAAGCAGUGAAUUAAGUAAGCAAGGGAGAAUGCUUUCCAGAAGUCUUUCUAUAAGUAGAAAUAAAACCAAACAAAUACACUUACCCAAGAAGAAAAACAAAAUUCAGGCUGAACCCAGCCACUGUCUCAAGGAUCCUUCAAUUUUUCAGGUUGCAAGGCAACUUCGACUGAUAGCAGCUAAGCCAGAUCAGUUGAUUAAGUGUCCCCGUCGGAACCAGCCAGUCAUUGUGUUAAACCACCCUGAUGUGGACUCACCAGAAGUGACCAAUGUGAUGAAGGUAAUAAAUAAAUACAAAGGCAAUGUCCUCAAAGUUGUUUUAUCAGAGAGAACUAGGUGUCAGCUAGGCAUCAGACGGCAUCAUGUACGCCUGACCUACCAGAAUGCAGAAGAAGCCAGUCAAAUUAAAAGGCAAAUGAUGUUGAAAAUGAAACUCAAAAAAGUUCAUAAAAACAACUAUCAGGUAGUGGAUUCCUUGCCUGAUGAUUCUGCACAGUGUGUAUUUAAGUGCUGGUUUUGUGGGCGGCUGUAUGAAGACCAGGAAGAGUGGAUGAGUCAUGGCCAACGGCAUUUGAUAGAAGCAACUAGAGAUUGGGAUGUUCUUUCCUCCAAGGGCAAAUAAGUAAACAGUUACUCUUUAAAGCAAGUUAUCUUUUAGUUUAUUCGGUUUGGAGUCCCUCCACCAAGAUUCAGUAGAAGAAAUACAGACUGUAGAAAUGAGAGGACUGCUAAUUGUUCAGAACUGUAGGAAUAUUGGGAGCCAGGAGUCUGAACCUGAAAUAUGUGAUUGGACCCCAGAAUGUAUUUGAAGGCUCUGAAAUUGUACACACAAAUUGGUACAUACACAUUUUUCUAGAGAGCCUGUGAAACUGAACAGAUUUUCAGUGGGAUCUGAGACUUUUCUUUGUUUAGCACCCCAUUUUCUAAGUACAUACAGAUCUUUAAUAAUCCAUUCAGAGGGGCAGAUUGAGAAUGUUUUACACAUGUUCUUCAUAUAAAUGCUACAAAAAAACCUUUGUUUUGGUGUGCACAUCCAUUUUGUUUUUGCUUUAACUUGUGCUCUGAGUAUUUGGUGCACAAUGGAAAUUAUAUUUUCUACUUUACUGGCUUCAAUUUGGUUAUAGAGAAAUGGCCAUUCUUUUACUCCCUCCCUGGUUUUGUAAUACUCCCAAGUGUUCUGUAUAGCACAAAGAGUUUUGCUUUUAUUGGCCAUUUUAAAGAAUGUUUUCAACGGCUUGCCUGGAUUUACUCCUUUCACUGCAAGUGUUAGAAGUAAGAUAACAUUUUCAAAUCAACGGCUUGCCUGGAUUUACUCCUUUCACUGCAAGUGUUAGAAGAAAGAUAACAUUUUCAAAUGUUUAGCUUUUGCUUUCUUUAAAAUACAUUGAUUUAUGACAUAUAGGAAGGGAAUGUACCUUUUUGCAAAGACAAAAAUGAUUACAAAAGGAAAAUAUCGAAAACUGUUUUCUCUUUGCCCUUACCACUCCCAGAAACAUAAGUGACCAAUAUAAAAUGCUAGGGAACAGGCUUAUAGCAUAGCUAAAGCUUGCAAACACAGUUCAAGGUAGGCUCAUAAAGUUGUAAAAGGGGUUUCAUAUGCCUUUUAGUUUUCAUUUGGGAUUCAUCCAGAGACCGUGGGUGGAUGCUGUGUGUUCUCACUUCUUGAUCCCUUUAAUUGAUGGACACUCUCCUCCCUUUGUCAUUUCUUCUGAACAGGACCUCCUGUGGACUAGCACAACUUCCUUGCCCACUGUUUCUUCCCUUCUGUGCCUUUGAGACCCCUUAAGGUUUUCCCUCAUGAAAUUACUAGAAAAUAGCAGGAAUUAACAAAAUGGAGACCUCCCACUGUUUGCUAAAGUUACAGGAACAUGAUCCCUAUUUUUCAUUGAUAGUAACGCUCUGUUUCUAAUUUGUCUUAACCACAUUCAUGCUUACCCUGCUGCUCAGCUCUCUCAGGGAAGCAACUCUGGGAACACUUCUCUACCAACAGAUGUCAGGACUGUCACUUGUCUACACAACACAUUUGUGUUCUUUAGAAAAGGCCCGCCCCCUGCACAAGCCCAGCCUCUUGGGCAGACAGAUGGCUUGGUAAAAGCUUAAGACAGGAUUCUAGUCUUCACUUGCCUGUGCAGCUGGGCACUGACCUUCAGGUGGAGCACAGAUGGCACAACCGUGAGGCAGCCCCAACUUGCAUUUCCCUCCCUCCAGGGGCUAUUAACUGCCUUAGGCGAUUGGUGGGGUGCAGUGAAUGAAGGGUUGUUACACCUGAAAAAGACGCCAAUGAUUUCUUAUUGGGUAGUCGAUUGGAGACUUUGAUUUUUUUUUUUUUUUCCACAUGGGAAAGUCUUAGAUUCCAGUAGAUGGAAUUUCAAUCCUUUGCAGUCUGUUUUCAUUACAGGUAAUCAACAUUUCUUUUGUAUAAUUCAAUACAUGAUCAAGUUAAUUGGUUAUUUUUUAUUGAAAUUUAAAACUUGCAUUUUUAUAUAUGUGUAUAUGUGUGUGUACACAUAAAAAUAUUUUUUACCAUAUGAAAAUUGCAGUAGCUAGUUUUCUGAUUUCCUAUUUUGUAACAAUACAUGGGCUGGAAAAAUGUAGAACGUUUUUAUAUUCUAGAAAUUUAUUUUGGAAGUACAUUUUUAUAAGGGUCUAAUCUCACUUUCAGAAAAUGAAAGCACAGGAAUGAUGGGGUCUGGUUUAUAUGAACAAGUGAGUGGAAACCCCUGUGGAUCAUUUUAUUACUGCAUUUAGUCCUGUGCAUUUGUAUUUGGUGCUUUGUAGAAAGUAGAUCUUUGGUACCAUUUCACUACGUAAAGGAGAGCAUUCGAAGUUUUAUCCAUGUUACAUAUUGUACUCCUGUGGCAUGAAAAGUAGCUCCUGAGAUACGGAGAGGAGAGGAGUGAGGAAGAAAAGACUGUGAUUUUUUUUUGUUUUUUUUUUUUUCCCCCACUUAUUUUUAUCUCCUAUUCCUCACCACACAGUGCUUUUUCCUGAAAAGCUGGACUGAGAAUUGGUCUUGAAUCAGGUCAGAGUGUUAACUGUCAACAUGAAGUAUUUGCACUUUGCAGCAUCAACUUUUUCAGGCAUUAGCUAAAAACACAACUUGCAUACUUUGACAGAGCUUAAUUGCGUGAGUAGAAUAUGUAGCAAAGCUUUUUAGGAUUUUCAGAACUAGAAUACCUUUUAAGGAAUUAAAAGGGUUUCUGGAAGUCAAAAAUGGGAAAGCAAAAAGUAGCUGUCCUCCCUAAAUAAAGAGCUUUAGAAAAUAGCUUAACCUGUAGGUACAUGUUAUGAAAUAAACAUUUCUAACAAAACAAGGGAGUAAGGGCAGACCUGUUGUUGAGUAUUUGCGUGUGUUCUUAAUUUUGAAGGACCUCCAAUCACUACGUUUUGUUAAUACUACCAAUAAAAUCAUUUUAAACUUAUUUUUAAAGUAGGUUUUCUUACUUUGGGGGACCAGAAGUGAGAGAUUGUUAUAUUUAGGAUAUAAACAAAUAGAGUAAAAGUUAAAAAAAAAAAAAAAAACCUUAAAGUAUACUCUAAUAGACUAUAUUAUAUUCAGUUUUUUAUCCCCAGUCCGGAACAUCUUGUAAGCCAUCAUUAAGGGCCACCUGCUGUCUGUUGAACUACACUGAACACCAUAUAUUGUCUCUCAAGCUCCAUCCCAAUUUCUUUAGGACGUGUUAUAUAUAAUCCAUCCCAGAAAUUGAAGAUGUGAUGCUGCUCGGCCUUUGGAAUAAUUUUUAAAUCUGUAAAUGUCUGUAUGAGCAGAAACAAAACAUUGUGUAACAUGUUAGAAGCAUUAUUGUAAUUCCUGUCUUAACAGUUCGUGUGUCUGCUGCUCUGGUUUUGAAACAUGUUUGUAUAUAGAUAUUGGAGUUGGCAUACAUUUUGUUAAAUAAAGCAACAUUUUCUUUGCCCUUUGAUUUCAAACGUUA